AUCACAGACCAAACCACUAAUACUAGUGCACCAACAUCUAUCACUGAACAAACAACAACAACUAAUGCACCAACAUCUAGCACAGAGCUAACCACUACUACUAGUGCAUCAACAUCUAGCACUGAACAAACCACUGCUACUUCCAGUGAACCGACAUCUAACACUGAACAAACCACUACUACUAGUGCACCAGCAUCUAGCACUGAAAUAACCACUACUACAAGUGCACCAACAUCUAGCACUGAACCAACCACUACUACUAGUGCACCAACAUCUAGCACUGAACCAGCCACUACUACGACUUGCACCAAUAUCGAGCGCAGACCCAACCACUCCUACAAUGCACCAGCAUUUAUCACUGACCCAACCACUACUACUAGCACAGAUGCAACUCCAUCCAGUUCUACAACAGAGAAAACUUCAUCUCUUUCUUCAACGGAUUCAACUCAAUCCAGUGCUACUUCAGGAACAACUCCAGACAACAGCAUCAAGUACUACGACAGAGACAAUUCCAUCCAUUACUACAGCAGAGACAACUCCAUCUGUUUCCAUAACGUUGACAACACCAUCCUUUACAACAACGGUGACAACGCCAUCAAUAACUACAACGGAGAAAACUCCUUCCGGUACUUCAACGGAGACAACUCAACUACGUACUACGUCAGCCGCCACUACUACUACAAUUACUGCGGUUCCCCACCGGCUCCUGGAAAUGGCAGCGUUAUAAAGCCUAACUCUACAUUGUUCGGGAAUGUUGCUAGGCAGAUAUGCAAUGAAGGAUACAUCGGUAGUGGUAACAUCGUCUGUUUAUAUGACGGCUGGACUCCCGGUAUUAACUGUACACUCAGAGACUGUGGGGAAGCUCCGUCCAUUCCAAGUGGAAACGUUACGCUUACCAUCGACAGAACAACGUAUGGUUCAACCGCUUCCGUCACCUGCAGAGAAGGGUACACAAUAACCGGAAAUCACGUGAUCGAGUGUGAGGCCAGCGGCAUUUGGAGCGUUCCUGGCUCGUGCAACAAAAUUGACUGCGGGAUCCCACCUACAAUAUCCAACGCCAAAGUAACUUAUGCAUCAACACUCCUCGACGAUACCGCAACCGUGCAGUGUGAUCUAGGAUACAGCAUCAAAGGUUCAAGUGACACGAUGUUCUGCGAUAACAAUGGCAACUGGACAAGCGGCCUAUCAUGCAUUCCGAAUGCUCAUGCUAAAAUCGAAGAGGCUGCCCGCGAACAAGACCACAACAUCUUGGAUGACUUUAAAGCUGACGGGGUAGCACCUGACGCAGCCUGA